GCCGAGCUUCACACAUGAGAGAAGACUCUGCAGCAGCAGCAGCAGCAGCAGCAGCAGCAGCAGCAGCAGCAGCAGCAGCAGCGAGGCAGCCAGCGAUAUGGUCAGAGAAUCAACCAUCAGUGGCUUGGGAAAUCUACACCUAACCACCAGUUAAAAAUGUUAAAAUGCCAGUCCACGGGCUCACCCCCAUUCUGCUGCGCCUGUUACCUCUGUGGAUUAUCCUGACACCAAUCUCAAGUCGGCUGAUACAAAGAACAGCGCUCUGCAAUCAUGCCCAGCUCACGUCGGUGCCUUCAGAAUUACCGCGCAACAUAGAGGAGCUUCAGCUCAACUACAAUCACAUCCAAACACUACGAGACCACUCUCUGCUCGCUUACCCUUCACUAAACAGCCUGAGCUUAGCUUCUAACGCUCUGGAGAAAAUUGAAUCAGACACUUUUCAAAACUCAAAGUUGUUAAAAAGCCUUAAUUUGGCAAAUAAUAGUCUUCAUAUUGGCACACAAGAGACCAGUGACGCUCUGAAGAAGUUACCUGGACUUAGAGCUUUAGAUCUUUCGGAGAAUAAGCUUUGGGAUGAAAUGGUCAUCACUCUUCUCCAGAAUUUGACGUCCUUAGAAUACCUCAAUCUCUCGGGAAACCUCCUGCAGAGACUGGACGAGACCUACUUCGGGGAUCUUCGUCAGCUCAAAGAACUCGACUUGCAGAGGAACAUCAUCUUUGAGAUUGAUAGCGCCUUUCACGGCAACACCAAGCUCCAGCGGCUCAACUUGGCCUACAACUAUCUGCCUUGUUUAACCGACUUCCAAAUGACCCAGCUGGUGGUCCUGAAUGCCAGCCACAACUUCAUCGAGUGGUUCAUCUCUCGACAAGAUCUCAAUGACACUUUCCAGCUGGAGACGCUCGAUCUAUCAGACAACAAACUGCUCUUCUUCCCUUUCUUGCCCAGCCACAGUCGUCUACGCAACCUUUACCUGGCCCACAACAGCCUCAGGUUCUACGAAAACCUGUUCCUGAACUCGACUACGUCCGUUGAGUUCUACAACCUGAACAAGAACGCGAGCAACGUCACCGUUCAGCUGUGGAAUGACAGCCUUCACGGUGACAUCUCGUCUGUGGAGAUAUUGGAUCUAAGAGGGAACCAGGUGCAGUAUUUCCCCCAGGGAUUCAUCCAGAAAAUGUCCGCCCUCUUCAGACUCCAGAUGUGCAGAAACUGUCUGAAAUCCUUGAAUCUAACGUCUGAACUGUUCUCUGGCAGCUUGUAUGAGCUGGACGUCAGUAACAACAUGCUGAACGAGAUUGUAGCAGAUGAAGGAACACUGGCCACCCUUGGUAAUCUGACAUAUUUCAAUCUGAGCCUGAACGAUCUCGGGGGGUUGCCCUCGAGAUUGUUUUCCUCACUGCCAAGUUUAAGGUCAGUGGAUCUCAGCUAUAACAACGUUGACAUUUGUUUUUCCGAAGAAGCUGAGAUCAGCACGGACACUUUCGCCUCUUGUGUGGAUUGGAAAAAUGUCGUGUCCCUUGAGCAGCUUUACCUCAAAGGGUGCAACCUUCAAGUAAUUCCAAGGACGGCGUUUGCAGGGCUGUCACUAACGCAUUUGGAACUUUCCAACAACCCUGGACUUAUAGUCCAACAGCCGAUGCAGAGUCUGAGCAGAACUUUGCAACAUCUAGGCUUAGGAAACACUCACAUACAAGACUUUGAUUUCUCGUCUUUCGAAAGUCUGAGGUUUUUAAACAUUUCAAGGAACUCUCUUGCACAUCUUCCUCAGUCGCUCCUAAACCUUGACCUGAAAGUGCUCGACCUGAGGGACAACAGACUGUCCACCAUCCAUCCAGGUCUGGCCAACGCAUUAGCUCCAAAACUUCGCUUUGUUUUCCUGACAGGAAAUCCCUUCAACUGCUGCCAAACGGAGUGGUUCAGGACAUUCGAAAAGACAAAGACGAUCAAUAUGGUCGAACAAUCGGACAUUAAAUGCGAGGAUCCUCUCGUAAUGACACACAGAGUUCAGCACUUGCCGUCAUUUGUGUGCUCGGGCGACGCUAGCGAAUCGAUAUUCUGGUACAUUGUGCUGUUUUUACCCAUCUGCCUUUCGUUUGUGGGCAUUUCAGCAAUUGUCCUUUUCACCUUUAAGCCCAAAAUGCUUAAAAAAUCCAUUAAAAAGAAGUGUCUGAAGCAUACAUCCUACUGAUACUGAACACAUACUAUGUGUGGGGGAUGAACUGUGGAAAUAAACUGACUUCCAUUGUAAAAGUGUCUGCAUUAAUGGAGGGACUGUGGAGUUUUACACAUCGCUGUGUUUUGUUUAUUUAAGUGUGGUCCAUAACAAACUUCUAAUGUCAAGAUGUGGCUUUGUUCGUGUGUGUGUGUGUGUGUGUGUGUGUGUGUGUCAACAUAUGCAGAAGUAAUGUGAUACAAUCUGUUGCUAUAAGCAGCAGAGGAAACAUGAAAUUUCCUGUUUUGCUAAGAUGUGAAGCAACUGCCCAGUUCUGUACCUCAGGGAGGAGGGGUUUGAGGUUUUUUUCUGACACGCCGAAACAUCGACAUGAAAUUCCAAAGUGUCUGCAGUCAUGAGGAAUUAGUUUGGUUCCAUUUUUUGACGCACAGCGGCUCUAUGCUGCCGUGCACAAUGUGAGGGAAAUGAAGGACAUGGGCCGUCCAAUUUUUAACAAAGGGGGGGGGGCACCAAAGACGACUCCCUCUUUGAGCGUGUACUCAUACACGCAGCAAGAAGUUUGAUGGAUCGGUUGUGCAGAGAGCUGAUGCCUAAACCAGAAUGUAACCAAAAUACCACUGUGGUGAUGCUCAGGGUCAUGGUGGUUGAACAGAAGAAAAAAAAAAAAGAGAAACUGGAGCACAGACUUGUAAAAGCCUGCGUUGCUUUUUUUUUUGUUUGUUUUUUUAAUAAAUCAUUAUGAAACCACCAACCAAGAGUUGAGAGGAUUAGGCCAAAUUAUUUUCGAAACAGGUGAAAAGGAGAAACAAACCACUGAACAUCAUUCAACAUGGCCCGAUCUACUUUACUAUUUGUAGUUAGUAGCAAAAAUGAGCAGCAUUAUAAUGAAAGUGAUAGUUUAGUUUAUCACAGGGAAUCUUUAGACAGAUUUUAGUGACUUAACACAAGAUUCCUUUUUAAUCAACAUCUGAAUUCCAAAAAUAACACACUUGAACUUACUGGCAGAGGCAACAGUGGAUCAACAACUCGUGUGCGCCAUGAUGUAAAAUCGUUAAUUUUCUCUAUGGGCUUUGGUGCAGGGAGUAAAAGUUUUACAAAGUGACGCUAACUUCAGUUUGCAGUAGACACGUCAGCACAAGUGCACGCGACAGUUUGUGCUAUCGGGAGAAAAAAUGCCAACGGUUUCUGAAAGCUGAGAAGUUGCCCGUUAAAGCAAACAUGUGGUUAUUACGGUAAUUUUACUAAUCAGCGUCUUUGUUGUCAGAGAGGAGAGAUUAAGGAAGAACUCCGGUUUUUUUGCACACGGAGAGACAAAGAAACAUUGAGAGACUCCAAAAAAUGUUAUUGUAAAUAUGUUUUAUACUGAUAUUUCAAAUUUAACAUGCAAAAUAUGUUGU